GCAAGCCGCGCCAUGCACCACCUGGUCGUUUUCCUCGCCAUCCUGGCUGUGGCUGCCGCCGCCCCUGUUGUGGCUUCCGCCGCCCCCGUUGUAGCUGCCGCCGCCCCUCAGGGCUGCGCCAGGCCCGCCCCCGCCGUGGAACCUGUCGCCCAAAAGGAAUACGCCGACAACGUGUCCCCCGCCGCCCCCCUACGAUCAUCCACCCCCGGCAAGUUACCUGGUCCCCUCGCUGUGGCACCUGCCCUCCUCCGCUCCGUCCCCAGAGUGGUUGCCGGAGUUGCCGCCCCCGCCGUGGCUCAUGUUGCCCCCACCGCCCCCGCCGUGGUACCUGAGGAGAAACCCCUUCCCCCCGCCGCUCUAGCUGUGGUACAUGCCGCCCCCGCGCCCAUGCAGACCCCGCUGAAGAUGCUGAGGGUCCAAGGAGCUACGCCGCCCCCCUCAAGUACCGCCAAGCAAUGAAGAAACACCUGCCGCCCCCUGGCCUAGUCCGCCCCCUACUGUAUGUGGUGGCCUGAGCAUACGCCGCCCCCGCCGUCGGCAAUUCGCACCUCAUUGAAGUAAACGAAAUGUUACCAAUAAUGUUGCACCAGAAACAACAAAU